AUGCCAGCCACCUUAUGGACAAUCACAUUGCCAUCUCUGUUAUUCUUUGUGGUCAGACCCACUGUUUUGGUUAAAGAUGGAAAUGUUCAAGUCUGUUCCUGUACGAGGAAGAACUCGAAAGACCUAUCAAACCACAACUUGAAGAGGAUACCCUCAGAUUUGCCAGAUGACAUUGAAUGCUUAGACAUGUCGCAUAACAACAUUUCCAAUAUUGUCCAUGGUGAUCUUAAUCGGCUGACUCAACUCUGUUUCCUGACGAUCACCCACUGCGGCAUUCAGUUUAUCUCCCAUGAUGCCUUUUAUAAUAACCAAGAACUUAGGGUUUUGAACGUCUCCUACAACCAGCUGACUGUUGUUCCAUAUUUACCUUUGCUACAGCUUAGGAUCCUUGAUCUCUCCAGCAACAACUAUGACAGCUAUGGCCUGCCAGGCUUUUUUAACAACUUAACACAUCUAAAUGACUUUUCAAUCGGGAGUCCAAGAGCAACUUCUGUGUCCGUUAAUGAUCUGGCACCUCUUCAGAAUGCACCUUUAAAGCAAUUCAGUUUUGGAGAUGCUUCUGAGUUGCAAAAGUAUGAAACUGGAUCUUUUGCCCAGCUCAGAUCUUUAGAGAAAGUGGCUCUGAGAGUAAUAUUCUGUCAAAGUUUUCAUAUUUUCAAAAAAAUGCUCACGGACCUCGACCAAACACGCACAAAGACCGUCAGGCUGGUGAAGCUCUUUCCACCUCAAUGUACUAUUGCAGGUGAUCCUUUUGACAGCCUUCCUAAGACCCGCUUCAUCAGCGGCUUAACAGUUGAGGACACUUGGAUGAAUAGCUCUGUUAUGGUCAAACUUAUGCUUAAUAUUUGGAAAUCACCUAUUGAAAAAAUUGCAUUUCGAAAUAUAAUUUACAACGAGGACACUCCAUAUGGGUUUCAUUUUCCAAAACAGCACUGCACAACCAAAUUACAAGCAAUUGUUUUUGAUGGUGUGAAGCAUUAUCAAUACCAGUACCCUAAGAUCAACAUGAGCACAGAGUUAUUAUCUCACCUGACUUAUCUGAAGUUCUCAGGAACUGGAAUGAGCAUCCUUCCAUGCAGACUCAUUUCAGCUAUACCGUCACUGCAGAUCUUGGACCUGUCGGAUAAUCUUCUGGAAGAUACCGGGUUCUGGUGGUUCUGCUACUCAUACAAAGGCAUGUUUCCUGCUUUGAGGCAUCUUUCACUAAGCUAUAACCGCUUCUAUGACCUGGCAUUUAUUUCUAAGAAGAUUCAUGAAAUGAAGGUCCUAACAUCCCUGGACUUAAGUUUCAACUCAAUUGUCAUUAAGGAUCCGUGCUCCUGGCCUUCUCACCUGACCGAGCUGAACCUUAGCCAUAACAACCUAGGCAACACAGUCUUUAAGUACUUGUCACCUUAUUUCCAAAAGAUUGAUCUCUCCAAAACAGGCAUAAGUGUCAUCUCCCAUAACGUCAUCUCAGAAUUUCCCAGACUUACACAUCUUUUCUUGAGCUUUAACAGCAUACGGUCUAUCCCUUCCUAUCUCCAUGCCCCUGCGCUGCUAACCCUGUAUGUCGAUCAGAAUGCAAUCACCUCCAUUGGCCAUAAUGUGCUAGAAGGCCUCCCCAGUCUGAAGACUCUAAAAGCAGGCAAUAAUCCAUUUGUCUGUGACUGUGACUCUUUUUGGUUUGUGACAGCAUUAAAUAAGACACUUCUCCCUGACUGGCCAUUUGAUUAUACCUGCAGCGCUCCAGAAUCACAAGCAGGAAUGACUCUGCAGAAGUACCAGCAGAGUCAGCAAGGUUUAUUGUUCUGUCAAGCUGGACUUCAGGCAGCAGUGGCUUUGUCAGUUAUUAUUGUCACAGUAACUGUCUUGGGCAUAAUUUUCUAUGCCUGUGAUGGCGUCUGGUACAACAAAAUGUUCUGGGUAUGGAUCAGGGUGAAAAGGCGGAAGAGCAAACAUGCUAAUAGAUUGAUGAAUGCCACCUUCUGUUAUCACGCAUUCAUCUCCUACAGCCAGUAUGACUCCGCCUGGGUGGAUUCUCAGCUGGUUCCAGCUUUAGAGGGCUCCGGGCUGUCCAUCUGCAUUCAUGAGCGAGACUUUGCACCUGGCCAGUGGAUUGUGGACAACAUAAUUAACUGCAUGGAAAGCAGCUACAAAACCAUAUUUGUCUUAUCAAAUAACUUUGUUCAGAGCGAAUGGUGCAACUAUGAGCUCUUCUUUGCUCAGCACAGAGCUAUCAGUGUGGAAGAUGAUUUAUUGGUCUUCAUUCUGUUGGAGCCCAUCCCAGUUGACUCACUGCCCAAGAGGUUCUUGAAGCUCAGAACCUUGUUAAGGAAGCAAACCUACCUGGAAUGGCCCAAAGACGAUCAGAAGAAGAAGCUUUUUUGGUCUAGUCUCAGGUCCAUCCUACAGACUGCAGACAAAAGCAUAAUUCUGAAGCAGGUUGCUUUGGAUGUGGCUUUACUGGGUGCUCAGGGGUGAGGCUCCCUAUACACUGCCAGUGGACUUUUUGGAUUUGAAUUAUGCCUGGUCUCAGACUAAACAGCAGUGAUGAUGGUGUUUCACCAUUACAAAUUCUAUUUAGUCUAAACUUAAUAUUGGUCUGGAAACUGAUCAUAAGUCAUAUGACUCAAGUCAAACCUUUAUAUCUCUUGUAGCUGCAGUAGAAGAAAAUCUAUAAAAUAUUUAUCAAUAAUCAUUUCAGAGGAGUGUAUUUAUGCAGCAAAAGCAGCCAUAAUUCGUUUUUUACAUGAUCAUUUUCCAAAUUCUCUUUUUCAGCUUAGAAUUAGGCUGGCUGUUAUUGUUAGUGCCUUCAACGUAACUUCAGAGUAAGUGGGUGGAGAUAAACUGCUGCAAUAACAGGCAGCUAUAUGUAUAUAUGUUGGGUUUGGUGACAUCACAGAAACUAAUAAUUUGCAGUUUAUUUUCCAUGUAUGGACUGAGGAGUUUUAUAUGCUACAUCAAACUUAUCAGAAGCAUACAUUUUUCCAUUAUAUGGGCCCUUUAAAUUACUGAUUAAAGCAGCAAAUAUGUUCAACAAAUAGAGCACACAAUGUUUUUGCACAUAAUAAAACUUUUGAAAGUAUUAAAAACUAUAUUCAUAAUUACCACUUUUUACACGAGUGACUACUCAAAUAUUUUGUGGCAAUUGAUUAACAGACUACAAAUGGUUUCAUAAUAACUGGAAUUAGACAUCUGAAGGGAUUCUAUUUAGAGCUAAACAAUUUAUUAAUAAUCAUUUUCUAUUGCAACCACAGUUUCAAAGAGUUCAAUUUUCAAGUCAGAAAGGUGACAGUUUAAAAGCAGAUCCUUUGUUGUUUAUUCUCAGUUGUGUAGGUGGGAUGACGAAAGCUCUGUAGACAAUAUCUGAAUUUAAACAUGAACAACUUUAUUUAAAAUUAAAGAUAGCGCUUAAAGCCCUUGUUACAGAGACCCAGAAGCCAAUGUGGAAUCUCCCUCAAGUCCAAGAUGCUUCAGCUUUUUAAACAAAAUUUAUGCACACACAUAACGCAAAAUCCAUACAUUAACAUGUGAAAACAUCUUAUGGUAUGGCUUACUUCUGAUUUUUGUUAUUAUGGCCUCAGCUUAUUCUAAAGCGAGGGGCCCAACUCUCUCCUGGGACCUGAAACUAGGGCCCCCUCGCUCUGGCUCCGUCGACACACAUAGAGCCUUAUCUUUUCAGCCAGGGCUCCGUUGAAACAUAUGGAGCCUUCUCAUAGUACUUUCAAACAGCAAACAGCUACAUGUAUAUUAGAGCCCAAUAUCAUUUCAAUAUCAUAUAUAACAUUUUAUCAAGCCUGAUACACUUCACCCUCAUUAUCAACAAGUGGGGAAAUAUGUCUGGCUUGUGAAAAGCUGGUGGAUGUGUUUAACCAAUCAAAAGCAAUCAAACAGCCAUGUGUUAUGCACGUGACAACACUAACACAACUAACUGUCAGUCUGGCCAAAUCUUAAAUUAUAGAACAUAAUCACACUUUAAAUAACAAUGUCAAUAUUUGUUUAGACAGUGGCGCUGACAGUGACCUUGUAAUCUUGAACACAGAAAUACCAUUAGGGUAUCUUUCACAAAUACUUGUAAAAUAUAGCCAAACCUCACAUUUAGUGCAAAGAUCAUAUAUUAUAGCUCAAAGUUAGCUUUAUUUGGAAAUUAUUUGGAAGAGUUAUUAAAUGGAAACCACCAAAACUGCUAAGAAUGCAGGGAAGCUCUGCUUUCUCUAUCCAACAGAAAUUCUACUCAGUCAAAAGUUAUCAGUUUCACUUGAUAUGUUUCACUUGGUAACACACUUGAUAUGUUUAUUUUACUAUGACAGUUGGAUUGAUCUUUCCUGUCUGUUAUUAUGUUCACUUCUCAAAUCAGUUAUUAAAUUUCACAUGUUUACA